AGGCAGUCUAACGAAGAGGUUAGAUGCAGCCAUAAAGUAUACUAAAAUUACUACGCAAUUCGAAUCUUGAUUUAUGCUUUGUACAUAUCCGGGAGGCGGGGUAUGUUAGAUAUACUUAUACUUGGUGACGUCACGUGUUAAUCCUGGACGUAUGUUGGGAUCGAGGUGUGACAACUCCUUUCAAUCAUUUUGUACCCCUGCACAUUAUUGUGAUUCAAUGAAGCUCCCCGUUAAAUGAACUGCACCAAAUAGGGGAGGACUUCGCCAAAAACCCCACCCACAACAAAAGUACAACUAUAAGUAAAGCUUUAUGAGGGGUCGCUCUAAAAUUGAUCUUAAAAUUAACUAGUCCGUCGUUGGUUUGACAAUGUUGCAUUUGAAGUUAUCUGACAAUUAACAUUAUUUCGAAUAAAACUUCUGUAUAAAUUAUAAGUUCAAACAAAAGACACUAUACAGCUUCUUGACUAUUUUAGGUGUAUAUAUACUCCAUUGCUGAAAAUUCUACUAUGCUCAUCAUAAUUCUUGCCAAUCCACCAGGCAAUUGGGUUAAAUUGCCCUUGACCAAAAAAAUGAUGGUCCGUUGGUGCCAAAUUGGGCAGGCAAUUGGUGGGCUCCAAGAAGCUCGUUGAACUUCCUUUAUAGCCUGUUGGCAAUAAGUAACGACGGGCUUGACGUCAAGUAACUGACCUUAACCCCGUGCACCAAAGUGAACCAAACGGCUCCAAUUUGGGUGCCCCACAGCUGUUGGAUUUGCUACAGUUUGUUGAUCUGGACCAUUACAUUUCAAACGAUAAAAGAAAUUUAAAAGAUGAUGUUGUGCCAUGUGGCAUUUUGUGGCGUACUUGAUAUUAAAAUUUUGAAAAAUUCAACGAUCAGGAUUAAUCCCAUGGUAAAAUGUCCAAAAAAAACUUACAACAAAAAUUAUCUAAAAAACUUACAAAGUUCACGCUUAAACAAAAAUCUGAGCUAAUAUUACUAAUAGAUAUUGGCACGUGGUGUGAUGAAGGUGGUUGAAAAUGGAAAAGUAUCCUCUUCGGCUCCCUUCCACCUAAUUCACCAAGUUCAAAGAUCCGGGUCGUUGAAAUUUGAUCCAACAACUACAACCAGGAUCCACUAUAAAAACUAUAAUAGAUUGAAUCAAAUUUCAAGCGCCGGAUCCGAACUUGUGAAUUUGGUGGAAGGGAUCCGGAGUCCUUUCCGUUGAAAAUCUCAUCGCCUCUUCUUUCAGCUCUUCAAGGAAAACCCACUUCUUGGGCCGUUUUCAACCACAUAAAGCUUCACUCUUUUGUUAGUUUCUAUGUUUAAAAUUGUUGGGGUUUGCAGUUUUGGAUUGAAAUUUGUGUUUUGGGAUUUGUUGGGUGCUCGCAUGUGGAAAUUUGGAAAAUUUUAGUUGUGGAUUGUGGGGAACUGACGCAGUGGCGGUCCCAUUUCAUGUUAGAAAAGGUGGGUUCUCUAGACGCGCAGAGAGUGGUUCAUCAACACCAAGGAUGGCGGCUGAUCUCAUGUAUGUGGUUACAUGCUGGAGUUUUCCAUGUGCUUGCCAAUGUGCUGAGUCUUGUAUUCAUUGGAAUUCGGCUUGAGCAAGAAUUUGGAUUUGGUAUGCAUCUGGAUUUUUAGCUUCAUGUAUGUUAUCAUGCAUGUAUGGCUACAUCCAUAAGUGUUUGUAGUAAAAGAUAAAGCACACGAUUUAAGUUGUAGAAUAAUAAAUUAGUUACCAAGUGCAAAACUUUUUUCAUAAAUCUAGAAGAGAAACACUUUCUGGAUGGCUUUAGCUACCUUGCGAUUAAUCUACAGAGGAUUUCUAUGCAUUUGUUUAUUGAAUUGUAAUCCUAGAGUAGUGGUCAUGUAGUGCUGGUUGCAUUAUAACUUACACCAGUAUGUUGUUUGGUUUGAUGGAAACAAGAGGACGUUUUAUUCAGCAGUGAGCAAAGAAAAGAGUUUAUACACUGAAAAUGGGGUUCAAACUUUAGUUUUAGACAUGGUAUUCCAUUUUACAGAAUAAAAUUGCUUGAAACAGAAGCUGAGAGAUUAUUUCAGUUUCCAUCACAUCUGUGGGAACAACGAUUGUUUUAGAUAUCCUGUACAUGUAGACAUGGCGCCUCAUUUUGAAAUGUUUCAGAUGCCGUCUAUUUGAAAAGAUUGAAAAAAUAAUAGUUUGAUGCGGAUCUACAUCAUGUACAGUUGUUUUGAUGAACUGCUUUAACUAAUUGGUUUGAAAUUCUAAUGUUUUUCAAAUUUGUUCUUCGGCAGUUUGAAUUGGUUUCCUAUAUCUCAUGUCUGGUUUUGGUGGGAGUUUGCUUUCACCUCUUUUUAUUCAAUUUGGUAUUUCUGUUGGUGCUUCUGGUGCACUUUUUGGUUUACUAGGAAGCAUGCUUUCAGAGCUCACAUCAAAUUGGACAAUGUAUGUAAAUAAGUUAGCAGCAUUGCUUACUCUCCUUUUCAUCAUCAUAAUAACUUAGCAGUGGGAAUUCUACCACAUGUGGACAACUUUGCUCAUAUUGGAGGAUUUGUCUCCGGAUUUCUUCUUGGAUUUUUGUUUUUGAUCCACCCCCAGUUUAAAUGGCUUACCCAACAGAAUGCUCCCCCUGGACGUGUUACUACUCCAGUUAAAUCUAAACACAAGACGUAUCAAUAUGUAUUGUGGGUCCUCUGUUUGAUACUAUUGAUUGUUGGGUAUACUCUUGGCUUGGUAACUCUUUUUCGAGUGGUCAAUCUAAACAACCACUGUUCCUAGUGUCAUUACUUGAGCGGUGUCCCUACAUCAAAAUGGAAUUUCGAGCCAGAUAGGGAAUCAGCUGAACUUAACGUGCGUAAGCAAUGGUAGAAAUGGAACAUAUUCAUUGCCAGAUCCCAGCCCCUCGUGGACUCAGCAGCUAUAUGCUGAGCUUUGCAGUUGACCAUACAUGUACAGAUUUCAGAUUUGAUAGAAUGUUGAUUGAUAUGCUUCAUUCUUGUAUGUUCGAUUGCUGUUGGAGCUCCCUGCAAUCAGGACUCGGAGGGAAUGCGACGGAUAGGCUGGCGCUGCUUGCCAUCAAAGCUCAAAUAAAGCAAGAUCUCCAUAAUUACAACGUGAUGAGCUCCUGGAACGAUUCCACGCACUUUUGCAUGUGGCAUGGUGUGACGUGCAGUCGGCGACAUCGCCAAAGGGUCACUAACCUGGACCUGCAAUCUCAAAAUCUGGUAGGCAAACUAUCCCCAAACAUUGGAAAUCUCAGUUUUCUAAGGGAGCUGUCGCUGCAAAACAACAGCUUCAGUCAUGAAAUUCCUCCACAAAUUGGGAAUUUGCGUAGGUUGCAGGUAUUACGAUUAGACGUUAACUCGUUUAGUGGCAGUAUUCCACACAAUAUAUCAUAUUGCUUCAACCUUAUCCAUGUGAAUUUCUCUCUCAACAAGUUGGUGGGUAAAAUUCCUUCAGAAAUUGGAUUGCUGUUGAAACUGCAAAAAUUUUCAUUACAGUUUAAUAAUGUAACGGGACAGGUCCCUCCUUCCUUAGGGAACCUUUCGUCUCUCCAGGUGCUAGGUCUUGCUGGUAAUAACUUGAUGGGAAACAUCCCCAGUUCUCUUGGCCAAUUGAAAAAAUUAACCGUCUUGGUAUUGGGGUUAAAUCAGUUGUCUGGUAGCAUCCCUUCCUCCAUUUAUAACCUCUCUUCUCUUGUUACAUUUUUCAUGGCACUUAACCAAAUUCAAGGGAGUAUUCCAUCAGAAAUUGGCAAAAAUCUUCCUAAUCUCAGAUUCUUCAGCGUCGCCUCAAACCAACUUACUGGGUCCAUACCUGCCUCAAUAUCCAAUGUCACAAGUGUGUGGAAACUUGACGUUGGGAGUAACAACCUAAUCGGACCGGUACCGAAUCUCCAAAAGCUUCACAACCUCCGGCAUCUCAACGUUCAAUUUAAUAAUAUUGGAAGCGGUAAAGAUGGUGACUUAAGUUUUCUCUCGGACUUGACCAAUGCCACCCAGUUACAAAGUUUGAUCAUUAACACCAACAAUUUUGGAGGGACAUUGCCCAUGUCAAUAUCGAAUCUCUCAACCAAACUUGAAAUGUUUUGGGUUUCCAAUAACCAAAUAUAUGGAAGCAUCCCAUCCGGGAUAGGGAACCUGGUGAGCUUGGAAUUGUUGUUUUUGGGGAUUAAUAGCUUCACAGGUAACAUCCCCUCUGACAUGGGUAAGCUUUCAAACCUUGGAAUAUUAUAUAUUUCCAAUAACAAAUUAUCAGGAAAUAUCCCGUUUUCCUUAAGAAAUUUAACCGAGUUAUUCCGUCUUGAGUUGGAUGGAAAUUAUCUUGAGGGCAGCAUUCCUUCAGGUCUGGGGGAAUGCCAUGGGUUGCAAUCGUUAAAUCUUUCUUAUAACCUUCUUAAUGGCACAAUACCCAAACAAGUUUUUAGACUCCCCUCCUUAUCGAUUUAUUUGGACUUGUCUAAUAACCUCUUCACAGGUUCCCUUCCCUCGGAGGUUGGGAAUUUUUUCAGUCUAAGUGAACUGGACGUUUCUGAUAACAUGUUAUCUGGAGAACUCCCCAGUAGCCUUGGUGGUUGUGAGAGUUUAGAAGUCCUGCAUUUGCAAGGAAACUUCUUCAACGGGUCCAUUCCUUUGUCUAUGAGUUCAGUGAGAGGGAUUCAAGAUCUAGACCUUUCUCGCAAUAAUUUAUCAGGUGAAAUUCCAAAAUUUUUAGAAGGCUUUAGAAUCCUGAACAAUCUGAACUUAUCAUUCAAUCAAUUUUGGGGAGUGGUACCAACUGGAGGUGUUUUCAAAAAUGCGAGUGCUAUCUCAGUUGUUGGCAACACUAAUCUGUGCAGCCCUGUUGCUAAUUUAAAGCUUUCCAAGUGCAAGUCUAAAGAGACCAAGAAACGAAGAUUGUCUCGUAGCUUGAAACAAAUACUCCCUUUAGUAUUUGGACUUACUCUUCUAGGAAUAGCCAUGGUGUUCUCCUAUUUCUUUCUUUGUUUGUCGAGGAAGAAAAGGAAAGAAAUUUCAUUGAGCACUUUGGGGAACACUAUUUUGCAAGUGUCAUAUGCUACUCUACUCAAAGCUACUGACGGGUUCUCAGAGGCUAAUUUAAUUGGUGCUGGUAGUUUUGGGUCUGUGUACAAGGGAGUUCUUGAUGAUGAUGAUAAAGCUCAACUUGUUGCCGUGAAGGUGUUUAACUUGUUACGCCUUGGAGCUUUGAGGAGUUUCAUAGCCGAAUGUGAAGCUUUGAGAAAUAUGAGGCAUCGAAAUCUCGUCAAGAUUAUAACUGUGUGUUCAAGUGUUGAUUUUCAUGGUAAUGAUUUCAAGGCUCUAGUUUAUGAGUUCAUGGACAACGGGAGCUUAGAGGAGUGGCUGCAUCCACCUACUGGAUCUGAAGAGUUAAGAGAUCAUGUACCCAAGAAUUUAAGUCUUCUUCAGAGGCUAGAAAUUGCCAUUGGUGUUUCUUGUGCACUGGAUUAUCUUCAUAAUCAUUGUGAAACGCCAAUAGUUCAUUGUGAUCUCAAGCCAAGCAACGUUCUCUUGGACAACGAAUUGACUGGCCAUGUUUCUGACUUUGGAUUAGCAAGGUUUCUCUCACAAGUAACGAGUAAUGUUUCAACAAUUCAAAGUCAGACAAGUUCCGUUGGAAUAAGAGGAACGGUUGGUUAUGCAGCUCCAGAGUAUGGCAUGGGGGGUGAGGUGUCAACGAAUGGUGAUGUCUACAGCUUUGGCAUUCUCUUGUUGGAGAUGUUUACAGGGAAGAGACCCACUAACAACAUGUUUGGUGAUAGCUUGAACCUUCAUAAUUUUGUCAAGAUGGCUCUCCCCGGGCGAGUUACUGAGAUUGCAGACGCACCACUUCUUCAAGGAGGCACGAACGAGAAUCCCAAUCAAUGCAGUGCGAGAAUUCAUAAAGUUGAGGUGUGCUUGAGUUCAAUAUUUAGAAUCGGAAUUGCUUGUUCUGUUGAAUCCGCAACAGAUCGACUAAAGAAUAUCAAUGAUGCUGCAUCUGAACUUUAUUCCAUUAGGAAUACUUUUCUUGGAUAGAAACUCUUUUUUAUGUUUGUGAUAGAGAAAUUUCGUGUACUGUCUGUGAAGUCUAGCUUUUAUGUUACCACAAUAGAUGUGGAAGUUUGCAAUGUAAAUAAUCACCAAUGAGGUUCAUUGUGUGAAGAUUGUAUUACUACUUCUUGUACUUGGUAUUUUUGUGUAAUAUUCUCAUCGAUUAAAAUCUA